GUUCAAUAUGGCGGCCUUACCUCGAGUAUUACCGAAGAAUCUUGCUAUGAAUUCAUUGUGUGAUUUUGGACGUAAAAUUCCACAAAGAUUCUCUAGUUUCUGUUUCAGAGAUAGAUCGUUAUAUAACUAUCGCCCAAGGGAUCAAUCAUGGCUCGUGCGACGUUCUUGGGCCAGAGGAAUUACCCAUUCAAGUGACAAGAAAAAUAUCAAAGCCCACAGAGUCAUCACUCCCAUUACAGCAGAACUCCUUAGAAGUGUGCAAUAUGGAAAAGAGCAAUGGAUGUCUUCAGCAAUGCGUAAUUAUCUAGUUGGAAAAAUUGAAGGAGGAAUCAUUGAUCCAGAUUCUACUGAUAAAUUGACUCUGGAACAUUUUCAAGUUUUCUGGCCCAGAGGAAAACCAAUCUGGACAAAUUUCCAAAGAAAUUUUAAAGGCCAGUUUCCACCUCAGAAAACGCGACGGAACUGCUUUGCUGGUACCAAAGUAUGCAGUAAUCCCUGUCCCAUAUGUCAACUUAAAGCAGAGAGAAACUAUGAAGUGGUUUAUACAGAUGUGGGUUUAUUGUCGCAGUUCAUCUGCCCUCACACAGAAAAGAUUCUUGAAACAAUCAAAACAGGUGUUUGCCAAAAACAGCACAAACUUUUAACAAAGGCAAUAAUCGAAGCUCGAGACAAAGGCUUGAUUCCUUACAUGAUACCAGGCCCAAGGGAUCCACUGCGAGUCUUUCAACCUGUUGGAGUACCAUCUAUGUUUAAAAACAGAAAAUAGAAAUAAAGCUUAAAAAUAACCAAAGAAAUGAGUAAUGAGAUGAAUGACUAAUGCUAGCUCUGUGUGCAGUUUAAACUGCCAUUCCUAGACAGUAAUUCAUUGUGACAAAAAAUGUUGGCGAAGAACUUCCAUGGUGCAUUGCUCGCUGUCUGACUGCUUACUAUGUUGAAAAGAAGCCAUUUUAGUGAGUUAUUCAUUUCUAGGUUUACUACUCUAACCUAGAAUUGGAUAACUUUCUAAAAUGGCCUCAUUGCAACAAAGUAAGCGGUCACAAAAGAAGCAAUGUACUGUGAAAGUAAGGUGAGGUAUUUUUGUUGAGAAUUUGACUAUAUUUUUUAUUCUUAAGAGUGGUCAUAAAUAUUCCUAUAGCUCAUAUUUUCACCAUAACUCUUAUUAUGCAAGAUGAUCAUCUCACAGCUGGAGCUUGAGGUGCCUGUGGUGGGAUUUGUUUUGCUAUUAAGGAGAUUGUAAGUUAUGCAGAAACCAUUCAAAGGCAUCUCUUACACUUGCUUUUUUCUUCUUGCGUGUGAACUUUGAUGUAAACCGUAGGAGAAUAUGUCUUCUUAGUGUUAAAGUAACCAAUAUAUGCUGAUGGACAUCAAUAACUGCCUGGAACUAUGUGUUUACUGAAUAUUUAUUACAAAAUAUUUUGUACACGUUUCUGAGUGAUUAGAGUAUAAUGAUACAUAGUUUUGUUGUCACUGUAUUCCCACCAUUAGCGCAGCUCCACUUUUUGCUCAUAAACAUACACAAUCCACAAUUCCUCCAAUUGCUCCAACAAAGGGUUAACACUUGAAACAUCAGCUUUUAAACUCUUAAGAGUGGCCAAUUUACAUUAUCAACUCACUUGAUAAUACUAAAUUACAGAGCAUAAUGAUACAUUUUACUGUCAAAAUUAGUGACCAUAAUAAACAAAGCAUUCUGUGUUGCCAAUCAUGUUCUCCUGGAGUAAACAUAGAAUUUUGUCACAAC